ACGCCGCGCUGGGCAUCACGGGAGCCACAGGGCUAUAAAAGACCCGGUUACUAUUUUGUGCUCCCGAGUCACCCACUCUAUAGGUAGCUUGGGGGUGGUGGUGGUGUUUAGCAAUUGUGUGCGCGUGCGUGUUUUCGUGUCAUCCGUUCUACUCCACCUUUAACUGCCACCUCUUUGCGCAUGCGUUAUGCCUUUUCCUUUUCGUGCUGGGAUGAUAGGGGCUGCUUAAGCCGUCUGAUAUUUCAGCCGUGCCCUCCAGAAAACACGGCGCCUGCGCAGUAGCCGCUGCAGUAACCGCCUCCGGGGCAAGGUGGGUGAGCGUGAAGUUGAUUAGCAUGGCGGCUGAAUCAGGGUCUGAGCCGGGCUGGGAAGCCCUGCCCACGGCCGUCCUGGGCGCACUGAGCACACUGAGCAGCGAGUUCCUGCGCGAGUGGGAGGCGCAGGACAUGCGUGUGAUCUUCAAGCUGCUGCUCUUAUGGCUGGUGCUGAGCCUCCUGGGGAUCCAGCUGGCCUGGGGGGUGUACGGAAGCACCGUGACUGGCCUGUAUCACCGCCCGUCCUCGGGUCUGGGAGGCCAGAAUGGCUCCACUCCAGAUGGUUCUUCCUUGUAUCCUCCGUGGGAAACUUCAGAAAACGAAUCAAUCAAAACCCAUCGUGAAUGAGGGAAGAAGGUUUCGCAGGCCUGACUUUCCUGCUGCCUCUGCACCAGCAGCCUGUCUCUGUUGGAUUCCUAUCUGCCAAGGGUCCCAGUGACACUUAGCAGUUGGGGUUUGUUUCUGGGGAGAUACCAUUCAAGGGAAUGGUGUGGGUUUGAGGAAAGCAGAGGAAACAAUACUGGAGUCACAUCCCAGAAAGUCUCAUCACUUCCUCCCCCCGUUUUCCUUUCUAGAGAUACUUUCCCCUACUGGGGAAAGGACGGGCCCUGAGACACCCAACCCUAGUGGAAGCAUGGCCUGCCUGACAUCUUCUUGCUAGCCUUCUCUCCCUUGUGGCCACCAGUUGUGGUCCCUUGACAGCUGACACCUUGGGGCAACCCAUGCCUGGAAUGGUUCCAGGAGGUGGUGGAAAGAAGGAUCCUCAGCCUUGCUUUCCUUUUCCAGUUAAGUCCUUUUCAAUAAGGCUGAGACUUACAGCCAGCACUGUCACAGUGGGGUGCUACCAUUAUGAGGUAGCUUUGGAUAAAAAACAUUUCUGCUGUGCA